UAAAUUAAUUGGUUUACUUGAAAGUUAUAAUGUUUACAAAUGGUGGUAUAGAUACUGGAAAUUUUUUUUUUUACUAGUAAUGGUGGCGAUCAGCGACUUAUACUGCGUCGAGCAUUCUGACACUGGGGGGAACUGACUUGGUGUCACUGACAUCCCCAGUGACACCAAUACAGUGAUCAGUGCUAAUACAAAGCACUGACACUGUGCUAAUGGCACUGGGCAGGAAGGGGUUAACAUCUAGGGCAAUCAAAGGGUUAACUGUGUGCUUUGUGUGUUUUAUUAUGGAGUCCUCUCCUCCACAUUGUUUUGUAUGGUUCUGCAUAGCAGAGCCAUACAAAGCAGUGUGCAUACACAGUGAAACA